CCUGAAGUCCAGAGGGAGACAGUCAGCAAGAUGAAGAUCCUACUUGGAGCAGUGCUACUCACCAUAUUGGUCACACAAGGUUACUCACUGACAUGUCACAGCUGUAAUAGCCUGAGAGGCAACUGUGCAUUGAACACGACGAUAGAGUGUAACAGGACAACCCACUCCACUUGCAGAUCAAUCAGUGUCAACACUUUAAUUGGUAAUGAAAACAGCACGUACCUUGUGAGUGGCUGCGGAGGGUGUUUUGGCCUUGUUACUUUCAACAGUGGACUGAUCUCCCACUAUGUGCACACGACCUGCUGCAGCUCCAGCCUCUGCAACAACGAUGUCAAACCAGACAUCGAGAACAGCACGCUGAAUGGACUGGAAUGCCACGCAUGCCUUGCUUUUGCAGACGAGUGCAGAAAUUUGACAACCCCAGUGAAAUGUAGAGGACAGCAAGAUCAUUGUCUGCACACUUCAGGGUUUCUGACAGGGUUGUGGCCUUUGACCUGUCAUCAGUGCUCCUCCAUCUCUGGUGGAUGCGAUCAGCAACAAGUGACCUGCCUUUCAGGAAUUAAUACCUGCCUAACCAAGUCGAUCAGCAUAAUUUUGGCCGGAAAGCCCAACCAAGUGAUCAGAAAUUCCUGUGGAUCAUGUUCGGAUCCUGUUUCCUUGAACACUGGAUCUGUGAUCCUGUCAGAGAGCAGCAGAUGCUGUGACUUCAAUCUCUGUAAUGACCAGACAGUUGUGGAGGCUCGGAACAGCACACCGAACGGACUGGAAUGUCGAGGGUGUUUCAACAACUCACGGGAAUCCUGCAGUCUGUCCGAGCAGACGGUGCAAUGUGCUGGAUCAGAGACUCGCUGCGUGAAUGUGUCAGGCAUUGAAGCUCUGGCCUCGGCUGGGGGGCAGUUCUUUGCCAGAGGCUGCGCUUCCGAGACAGUCUGCCAAUCUGCUGGCAGGCUGUCGGAAUUCCGGAUCCAGUUUGAUGGCUCUCCCAAGUGUUGCUCUGUUGACCUCUGCAAUGGUGACGUGGGUGGGGGAGCAUCCACCAGGAAGCCAGCUGUCACACUGAGCAGUCCAGUAACAUCAGUGACCAGAGGCCGAGAGACCACGGCGGGCAAAGCUGUCACACUGAGCAGUCCAGUAACAUCAGUGACCAGAGGCCGAGAGACCACGGCGGGCAAAGGGUGUGUGAUCGGGGUAACUGUGGCAGUCGUCGCUGGAGUCCUCAUCCUGUUGCUGAUAUGUUAUUUUCACUGCAGAAAGAAACACGGUCAGUGCCUGCCAUGGAACGAUCCUUUCACCUCUGACUCAGACGCCUACACAGGAAAGCAUCCCUUUAUUCUGGUCCCGUGUGAUGUAUUCAAGGAAAAUCCCAGAUUUCUUGAGAUUCUGGUUUUGUGGACCCUUGCAUUGUUGGUGAUUCUGUGUGGACAGUCUCUCUCUCUCUCUCUCGCUGUGAUCACUUGGUUUCACUGAAGAAGGAUUCAUCUUAGAGAGGAUGAUCGAUUACUCCGCUCCUCGAAAACGAUGUGAGAAGACAAUUUUCAUGGGGCACGCUGUUGCUCCUUGUUUACUGGCAGUCCAUGAGUCCUUUUAUAGAAACAGAAAGCAGGGGUGGGACCAGGUCAUUCGGCCCUUCUAUCCUGCUCUGCUGUUCAGGUUGACUCAGUCCCUGUUCUCGCAUCUUACCAACAUCAGUUCUAUCCCUUUAUACCUAAGAAAACAUUCAAUGUUUUGGCCUGAACUGUUUUUGUUGUCGAAAAUUCCACAGGCUCCCCACUAUCUGGGGUAAAGAUAUUUCUCCUGAUCUGACUCCCCACACCCGCUGGAUCCUUUGCCUGUAACCCCCUGGUUCUGGACUCACUGGUCAUUAGAAACAUCCUGCAUUUGUCCUGUUAGAAUUUUAUACAUUUCUAUGCGAUCGCCCCUCAUUCUUCUAAACGCCAGUGGUUUUAUUCCUAACCAAUCCGGCCUGUCUUCACCCAUCAGUUCUACCGUCCCAGGAAUCACACUGAGAAGCCUUCGCUGCACUCCCUCCAUCGCCAGAGCCUCCCACCUCAGAUAAGGAGACCCCCAAACUUUAGACUCAGUACUCCAGGGUGGUCUCACCAAGGCCCCUGUACAAUUGCAGCGAGACAUCCUUGUUCCUGGCAUGAGAAUGACAAAUUCAAACCAGUGUUUGCUUAUCUGUUGUGUGUCCACACUUUGUAACCAAAGAUGUAAUGUAAUAA